AAAUAAGUUAUCUCUAUCAUCUUAACUUGUCUUCCCCUCACUGGACCUGUAGCAGAAUAAUCUGGAGGAUUGGAUGCUGCUUUCAACCCUUUCUGUAGGCCUUAUCGUCUUCUUUUCGAGUGUGUGGGUCUUCCCAGGACUCGCUGAGAGAGUUCCAUUCCCUCAAGUCAUGUCAUCCCUAUCUCCAAAUGUAGACCCCUCUCCCUCCUUCCAAUUCCACAUAAACCCAUCGACUGUGCCAUAUCUAACUCCAUCAGUAGCCGCCACCAAUCCUUCCAUGACAUGUAACCUUCCAAGUGUGGAGAUGAGGGUGACAACCUCCUCAUAUACCUCAUCUUUGUUGAUACCUCUACCCGCUUUUGAUCAGCAUUCCUCUCUCCUUCUCCCUCUCGUUCUUGUCUUAAAAGUUGGGUUGUGGCUUUCCACAUCCCCCACCUUCCCUCCAUAAUUAGCAUCCCAAAGCUACGCGCAAGCACUAAUCCAAUGGACCAUCCUACGUGAUAGAAAGUCCACAGUGAUUGCUCACUACUCCGAUGAAUAAUUGAGGGCUACAUGUACUUUUGCUGUUUUGAAGCAAGCGACUGAGGACACGCGUUGGAUGCUCGUUUGUCUCCGACGGUGUUCCCUGUUCCUGCUCAUCAUAUAUGACAAAACUUCGCCAAGAUACCGCGUAAAAUACAUGAGAAGAGGAGGGUAGUUUCGGGAUUCCACGCAGCGGCACCUUUAUGCGGACAGCGACAUCCCUCGUCGUUUAAGGCAAAAGUCAACAGAAGACCUUCCGGCCGUCGGAUCAGAACCAUCCCAUCAAUCAUCGCUACAGACCGCAGGACGGCGACACUAGUCCAUCCGACGGUCCUAACCGUCCGAAGCAAUCAGAGAGUUGUCCACAUCCGACGGUCGAGAUGAAUACCAAUCGUGUCAAAUCAUCGACGAACCCUUUCCGAGGCUCCGUUCCCACGUUGCCCACGACAAAACGAGUAAUGCCAUUCAUGUCCACUGGCUCCUUCUUCUCCUCCCCGCUAAAGGACAAAAACCCACCACGGUAUAACCACGCCCACCGCCUCCUCUCCCGAAAAUUCCAAUCCUCUCUCCCCUAUCUCUCUCGGCUUCCAAGUCGAACUUAGUAGCUGAGCUAAGUUACCAAUGACGAAUCCGGCGGUGUCGCUUCCGCCGGGCUUCAGGUUCCACCCCACCGACGAGGAGCUCAUCCUUCACUACCUGAGGAACCGAGCGGCGGCGGUGCCGUGCCCGGUAUCGAUCAUAGCGGAGGUCGACAUCUACAAGUUCGAUCCAUGGGACCUCCCUGCCAAGGCAACGUUCGGCGACCGAGAGUGGUACUUCUUCAGCCCCAGGGACCGCAAGUACCCCAACGGCGUCCGCCCGAACCGGGCGGCGGCGUCGGGAUACUGGAAGGCGACCGGCACCGACAAGCCCGUGAUGGCGAGCAAGGGCAGCGAGAGCAUUGGGGUGAAGAAGGCCCUCGUGUUCUACCAGGGGAGGCCUCCCAGGGGCGUCAAGACCGACUGGAUCAUGCACGAGUACCGCCUCGCCGAUGCCCACAACAAGAACAGCUAUAGGCCAAUCAAGCUCAGAGACUGCUCCAUGAGGCUGGAUGACUGGGUUCUAUGCCGGAUCUACAAGAAGAGCCACCACCAGCCAUCGAUGGACGCAGAGAAAGACGACUCGGGCGUAGAGGAUGUCGCCAUGCCAACCCCACCGAGCGCCACACAACAGCACGACACCGCCAAGCUGCCGAAAUCCUACUCCUUGUCCGAGCUCCUCGACGCCGCAGACUUCUCCGCGCUCUCGCGACUGCUCGAACGCCCGGCCGACGUGCUCGGUCUCAUCUCGGAGAACAGCUCCAUCGCGCAUCCGUUCUCCCACCAAGGCUUCGACGGCAACAGCGACGGUUUGGCAGUGCAUCAUCUCUUCCAAGCAGAGUCCCCUGCUCCGAUGACGGACAGCAAUCCGAAGCGGCGGUGGACGGCAAAUGGCUGCUUCGAGGACGGCAGUGAAGUCUCACACACCGGAAAGAGAGCUACAGGAUCAAGAACUGCAACCAGUGUAGCAAACAAGUUCAACUUCACAGCUCAACAACCUUUCGUCGAUCAACAACUGAUGUCCAACCCUCACUUGAGCUUGCGCUGAACUUGCACUGCUUACACACCACGAUAACAUCACAUCCCGCUAGUAACUCUUUCUUCUUUUCUUAGUGUGCGGGUGUGUGGGGAAGUCUGUGGCUGAAGGUGUAGGCCAGGGAUUCUGAAUGGGGUCAAGGACAGAUGCCAUUUGAUGGAUCCUUGGAGAAUUGUACUGGCUGAACUAGUUCAAACUUAGCUUGUACAUGUCAUGUCUUCUGGAGUAGAAUAUAAUGAAUCAAUCAUCUUUCUGGUGCUUUUU